GAGACUCCAUUGAACCUGUCUACCAGCGGCAUUAGCAGCAUCAACAUGUCAAUAGAAAUAGAUGGAGUUGUCUACACAGGUGUUCUGUUUGCCAGGAAGCCCUCUCUCCCUACGAUGCUGGGUGGUCACCGGGUCCAGAACCAGAAUGACACCUUCUCUCAGGGAAAGAGCAGUCCGGGGAUGAACUCCUCCUCCAUACAGAUCCAACCGUCCUGCUCCUCCUCCUCCUCCUCCUCUACAUCCUCGGUCCACGGACAUGGAAACUCCUCCCCUUGAGCUGAGUCCCACCCCCAGCUCCACCCCCUAAACCCCCACCCCCAUCAUUCCCCAAAGACAACAAGCGGUCUGAGAUACCAGGAGAAAAUACUUCAAUUGUUUUUGAAGGUGGCUUUUCCCUUCCUCCUCCUCUUCCUCUUCCUCCUCCAUUUUCUCAAACUCCCUUAUUCCAGUUGAAAGAACAAAAAAAUUUAAAAAAUGAUUUACUGAGAAAAUACUUCUGUAGAAAAUGAAAAUUCUCUCGCUCUAUUCUUUUUCCUUCCUCUGAACUCUGACCUCUGAAUGGUAUGUAAAGAGGACCUCUGAACCACGUGUGUAUGCAGAUGAAGUCUGCUGUCUUUUUUUGUGUUUCCUGAGAACAGCUGCUCAGUUUGGAGCAGUGUAAACAUAUAGGUAAAGAUAUAUGGUGACACAUCAUUAGACGCAAGGAACUGUGGGACAAAGACACUGAGAGACUGAGACAUGUUGUCUGUCUGUCUGUCUGUCUGUCUGU